CGCCUGCGCCCCGAUCCUUCUUGCGCAUGAAAUCCGGCGUUUCUUUCAUAAUAAAAUGACGUCUCCUAACUGCAAUAUCAGCCUUGUGUUUGGGGAGCCGCAGAGGGUCGCUUUGCACACAUGCAGCAUGGGGACAGAGUGACUGAAAGCGUCUGAUGCGUUUCCGCUUCUAUGUGCCGGAGCAACAUGGCAUGAUUGCAAAAGGCGCAACCACCGGAGAUAAAGGGAUCUUCUCUCCGUCCGCUGCCACAAUGAUCAGAUGUCUUUUUCGGGAGGACGGUUGCAAUACAUCCUUUUGACACACAAAUGGCGUCUGGUGCGAGCGGCGGACUUAAUGAUUUGUACGUUUCGGAUGGAUGGAGAGGUGUGAGAGCCUCGGUAUGUGUUCGCAAAAAGGCAAAGAUACCUUUGGAUGGGGCGCCCAUGAAAUGUCUGCUUUUGCUAGAAAUGGUGGCACUUGUUUUGCAAUCGGCUCUUGCAGCGGAAGGGGAAGGUGCUUAUGAGGGAUCGGCUUCGACUUCCCUCCCCCCUGACUAUACGCAAUCAGCGGGAUUGACCAAAUUGUUGGCCGGCGUUCUGCUGGUGGAGGAGGGACAGCUCGCGCGCAGCCGUGUCCAUCCAGCAGGGGCAGCAGAGAGCCUGCGUGAGGAGCCAGCCUUUGCCUCUAUACUCACCAUGCUGGCAGGCUCUGUCGAAGGGCCCCAGACGUUAGUGCAGACGCUGGCCUCCCCGGCCGCCUCUGACAAUUACAAUGGAAACCAAACAAACCAAGAGCCUUCAGAAGACCCAUUGAAGGGAGCUGAAUCUUCUGUCCCUUUGGUCACCAGCGUGUAUCCCGCCUACAGCUCAGACGAGGCGGUGGUCUCCGGUUCGCCUCCGGCCACAGCGACGCCCGUUUCCUCGCCAAGCGAAGUGGAUGCCACCCACCUGGAGCGCGGCCUGGCUUCGAUGGGCACCAGCGAUUCGCUGCUUGUAGACCCCACAACCACAGAUGCCUCUGGGGCGCCGCCACUCACCGUGACAGACGCUUCCCCUGAAACGACCACCACGACCAUCACGACCACGACCGCGGUCACGGAUGCCGCGAGGACCACCACCGUCACCUCUGACACCACCACGCGGUUGGCCAGCACUACGCAGACCCACACGAGCAGGACUGAGGGGAAGGUCUUGGAGAAAACCACAAUGAAGACGACUACAACCGAUUUAACCUCCACGCAGACCACAACAAGUGCCACACCACUGACUUUCACAUCCACAAAGACCGCAGUCAGUGUGUACAACGCCUCCCUGACAGAGAGCCCCAUGCUGCAAUGCAAUGUCACUGAGGAGAUGUGGGUGAAGACAGUGCUGUCCGUCCACUUCAGGGGGAAGAGGAUGGAUGGUGCACUGAGACAGAACCUCCCGCGCGGGCUCAGCCGUGCCCUGCAGAAGGCGCUGAAUCUCAGCACCGUACAAGCUCAGAUUGGCAAUGUGACUGGCACAUGGAACGUAACCGUGGGUUACUACGCGGUCAGCGGCUCGGCCGUCCUCACAGCGUCCACGGUGGCGGAGGCCCUGGCCGCAUAUGGUGCCGACCGGCUGCUGGGGGACGUAAAGCAGGCAGUACCGCUGGUGCAGGCCAUACUGCUGGCCGGCGAGCCCUGGAGGCCACCACCUGACCCCACCCUGCUGGUGAAGACAGUUCUCAGGUUUGUGGGCCCGGGCGAUGACAUCACUUCCUGUGCUUUCGUCCAAAGUAUGGAGCAGAGGCUGGAGAGCGUCUUCAUGGAGGCGCAGUCCAAAGUCCUCAAUAGCUCUGCUAAGCUUUCUGUUCAGGUCCUGGCCGCCUGGCAGCUGCCGUCAUCGCAGGCUGUGGCACUGACCUACGUGGUGAGGAAUGGCAACGAGAGCCUCAACGGCACCGUCGCCAGCGGCCUCCUGGGGCAGCUCAGCGCUGAGCUGGUCGGCUACUUCCUGUUCUACCCUCCGCUGAGCAUCGCUGAGCCAUUACUGUACCACAACCUGAACACCUCCAUAGCCACCAAGGACUUCUGGGUAAUCACAGUGCUCCAAUACGUCGACAGCUCAUCUCUGGACAGCGGCUAUCAGAACUUUGCCCGCUUAAUGGAACAGCGUUUGGCUCAGCUGUUUGUCGUCGCCCAGCAACAGGGGGCUCGCUUUCGGAGAGCCACCACCGUAGGGGGAUACACUGUGCAGAUGGUCGGAGUCCGGCGGGUCCCAGGGCCUAAAAACCCCGCUGAGAUGACCUACUACGCCCAGCUGGAAGGCCGACCCCUGCUGGGCACCUCGGCCGCCAAGAUUCUCAACACGGUGGAUUCCCAGACCAUGGCCCUGACGCUGGGCUAUUUUGUCCAGCUCCAGGCUGAGCCUGUGGUGAAAAGCCCUCCCAGCAACCUUUGGAUCAUCCCUGCGGUGCUGGUACCCAUCGCCGUGGUGAUGGUCAUCGUCCUCAUCAUCACGGCCGUGCUGUGUCGGAGGAACAGAGGGGAUUUUAAGGUGGAGCUGAACCCUCGUACCAAGACGUCGUAUCGGAGGGACGCCAGUUUCUACCACCAGCCUGUGCAAGGGUUUGACUACGCCAAGCAACACCUCGGGCAGCAGGGCGGCAAUGAGGAAGCCGUUCCCGCUACCCAGGAAACCAUUGUCCUCCCCCUGUCUGUCCGGGAUGGCCCCCUGCUGCACCAGAAUGGAACUGCGUCUAAGAGGACCCUGCCCAAUGAGGUCCAUAGGAGCGAGGACGGUUCCGUCAUCAGCAGCGAAUCAGGGAAGGCCAACUCCUGCAGGGCCACAUCAGCGCAGAGGGUCCCAGCCCAGCAAAAGCCCCCCCGAGAAGAAGCACCCAAGAGGACUGAUCCCUACGACUCCUCAGGCUCCCUGCAGCUGGUCUCUGUUCAGCCGGCGCCCCCCCCGCAGAGCUGUUCGCACCCGCCCUCCUCAGACCGCAGCCAGGACUCCAGCAUCCUUAAUGGGGAGGUGAACAUGGCCCUGAAGCAGAAGUCAGACAUUGAGCGCUAUAGGAACAAGCUGCGUCUCAAGGCCAAGCAGAGAGCUCACUGCGACUUACCCGCUGUGGAGAGCAGUGGCCGCUCCAGGGCUCACGGCCACCAGAGGGCGCCGCUGGAUGCCAAUCAGGGAUCCACAUACGUCAAGUCCAGUGCGAGGUGCUCCCAGCUGAGGAACCCCACGUACCGAAGCCGGCAGUCUCUGAGCAGCCCCAGCCCCGGCACCAAUGAGAUGGAUCUGCUGGUGUUGGGGGACCGCGGCGGACGGGGCAUCCGCAACAGCGGCUAUGACACGGAGCCGGAGCUGCUGGAGGAGACCGACAUCGACCGCCUGAUGGGGCUGAUGGGAUACGCGGGGGGGCCGCCGCUCGCCGGCCACUCUGAGGCGUCCACCUUGAGCUCCCAGCCCUCCAUCGAUGAGGUGCGACAGCAGAUGCACCUGCUUCUGGAUGAGGCCUUCACCUUGGCCUCGUCCGGCCAUUCCACGGGUGGAGGCCGUCCCCAUGGCCCCCAGGGGCCCCAUGUGACCCACUCACGGCCCGGCCCGGGCUCCGAGGUGGUGACCAGCGCCCCGGGCUCCAUUGCCCGGCCCUGUGGAGAGCUGCACUGGGCCCCGGCCUACGCGCUCGACCUGUUCCCCUGCAGCCUCCCAAAGCCUGCUUUCCGCUUCACCCAGCUGCCUGACAUGGCUAUGGCGCCCCCCCCUGUACCCCCUCGGACAGGGCACACUCCUGGGGCUUCGCUGCUGCGUUCAACCUCGGACAUCGGGCCCAAGGCCAGGUCCUCGGAAUGCUCCAUGGCAGACAUGCACAGUGUGUACGACAGCGUCCGUGUGCCCAUGAGUCGGUCACCUCUACCUGGAGCCGCCGUCGAUCAGCAUGCAGCAAAUUACUCAGGAAACCCAAUCACAGCAGUUUAUGCCAGCCGGCCCUGCUGCUCAGGCUACUCUGCAGCCACACCCCCCACUUCUUACAGGAGUCCGUCCUGGAUGUCAUACCCCCCGGAGCCAGAGGACCUCCCUCGCCAGUGGGCUGGCUCAAAUCAGUGUCACUUGGAAACUAUCUGCUGAGAGGGAUUCCCCAGAGGAUUGGUGUGGGUUCACCCAAGCAGCAGGCGACUGAGCACAGGUGGCUGCCAAUGGGAGCCGCGAUGACAUUGGUACCGUUCUCGCCUCUAGGGGUCCUGCCAGGAUGUGUGGAGACCCUGCCACCCAGCCGCCUCUUGUUCUGUCUGCCAGGCAGAGCUUCCACUGCAAUCCUGGACAGGACCUUCACUAGGAGGACACCACAGUCACCGUGAAGCAAAUAGACGCACUUGAGCCCUGGGUCUGUGCUCCCUGCGAUGGGAUGGGAUCGAGGACCUGAAUAUGGCCGUCUUACUCAGGCAGGGCAGGGCUGCCCAUAGAAGCGCCUGAAACUCUCCUCACUGAACGACCUCGGAGGUCUCUGGAUCUACAAUUAAAGUUUUAUUUUAAAACCUUUUUCUUUUUUAUUUUCAUUAUGUGAAGUUUUAACUAACUAAAGAAGUCUCUGCGACUGAAAGUGGGGCUCUCGAUGCCGCCCGAUCAGAAUCACGAGCAGACGUACCUCACGGAAUGGGUGCAAGAUGGGGGGGUCCGUCUUCUGGAAUAUUCUCCGCUGGAAAUGGACAGGAGGGAACCUGGAGUUACGUUGGGGGCUGAAGGUGUUCUGGUUACGUCUAACUGUGAGAUGCAAAGUGCUGUGUGCGGUGUACAUGUGUGAGGAGUUACCCGCAGCCUGCAGCGGAGGUGUGCAGCUGUUUAUAGAAAAACGUGGUCUGAUGCUUCACACGUGUUUUUAAAUGGCCAUAGAGCCGCGUGUGAUAAACACGUCACACUCCAGCACAGUUUAUAUUAACCAGUCAUUCAAAGCACCCUCUUCCUCAGUAGCUCAAUUUAUGUUUCAUUAACUGGCUACCCGGGUUCGUGGGUUGAUAUACCGUCCAGAGUACACUGCUGAGGUGUACCAUUCAAGACCAGAUUAUCUGUGAUAAGAUUAGUUAUCACUUAAACUGUGUAAAACCAAAAUGAGGAUAAUCGAAUCCCUCAGCGCUUUCGAACACUGGCGAGCUGCCUCUUUCCUCUGUGGCCCGAUUCUGGCGUUCGCUACAGUUUGGUGAGCAGUUGCGUGUCUUUAUCGAGUCGGUAUUGUGCCGUGAUGCGGAUGGGGUUGGGAUGAAGCUUGCAGACGCCAUGUUCCUUGGUCGUUAUCGGUGGCUCUCUCUCUCUGUAUAUACCCCGUGCUUCUGCGUGUUUCACGUGCGUGUUCAGCUUCUGGGGGACCUAGACUGCUUAGCACUCCGGGGCCCGAUUCAGGAGGGCCAGAUCUGUCCUGCACAUGACAUGGGAUCUGCAGGAAGUCUUUGAGCUUUUUCUCUCUUCUGAAGCAGGAUAGUCUGAAGGUGACUUUCUUAUUACAGAUUGUUCCCUUUUUUUUUCCGUUUACACCUUGGAUGUAAGUGCGGAGAUGCUUCAUGGUCCCAUGCUUAACUAAGCCAUGUCUUAUCAACGUUCAGGCAUCUGCUGAACGUCUCAAGUCUAUUUAAAAAACUCUGUUUGAAUAAGCAGACUAUACUCACAUCAGGUCACUUUGAAAGGUUUCAAAUUUCUAAAAAAUUGUACACAUUGUAAUAUAUAUGAUCAUAAACGUUUUUAUAUUUAAAACACUGCGGGAAUAAAUACUGAGCUGAAACAUCUGGAAACAUCUGACAGGCAGAUUUUUUUUUUAACCUAAACGCGUUUCUUCAGAGAUGCCUUGCAAUGUCUCGUGAACCAACUGCUAAUGUGAUCCUGGUUUCAGCUCAGAAGGUAGCAGCUCAAACAGUCCACAUCUCUGCUGGUGCAAGCUGAGAUUUUUAGCAACAAUAAAAGGGUGAUAUCUAAAGGUCUUCAUCACAAAGUGGACCGUCUGCCAUAAAUUACAUAUUUUCAAGCAGCUGGCAUGUAUCUUGGAGAAGAAUAUGCUUUUGAUGCAUGUAAUGAUGGACUCCUUGAUCUAAGGGCUUUUUGUAAGUGUGGUAUAGUAUGUUUUUGACAGGCUAGAACACCCAUAAUUCUUACAGUGAGGCACUACUUCAGUUACAGCGAACUGCGAAGGUCUUUUGUGAAAGUUUAUUUUGUUGUUAAAUCGUACUGUGACUCAUUGAUGAAUCUACUGAAAUGCACUUUAUCUCGGGAGCAUCGGUCUGGACGACGUAGGGAGUGCUGGUGAUUUAGUCAGCCGGGAAAAGCAGGCUAUGGUGAUGAGAUUUUGAUGAAUCAGGGAAGGUUAGGCUUAGUUAUGGUUGGUUAGUGUGACCUGAGGAUAGAAGAUUAUGGUGUGUGCAAGUGGAGAGACAGGUCAGAAGGGACAAAGGUUCUGAGUUGGAGGUAGAUUCAUCGAUUCGGUUUGGUGUUUUUGAGUAUGACAGAAUUUCUUCAGAUUAAAAACAUAAUCUGCAAAAUCAAUGCAAGUAUUGUUAAAUUUACUUAUUUUUAAGGAUUUAAAAUAAAUCUGAAACACAAUCCCUUACAGCAAUGAGUUUCCAAAGCCUGAACCCCCAGAGAGUGUACUCCUUCAAUUGUGCAGUGCGUAAAAAUAGACACAUCAGAUUCUGGCAAAGAGCGUCACUGAGUGGCACGGCAAUCGUGACAGACGUAUUAAUCCACCUGCCCCCAGAUGUCUGUACUUACCCUGCUGUUUUAUGAUGGUGUUCGUCUCUGUCUGGACUCACAAUAACCAUAGAACGUUCUGGUAGAACUGUUCUGUAUGAGUAGCACAUGAUUUUAUUCAUUUAUUUUUUUGAUUUAUGGAUGCACUUUUUUUUGCAUUCUGGAUUUUGCCAGUAUUGCAGGCUGUAGCUCUGGAUGUGCGCAAUACCACACAAGGCUCCUGCUCCAUCCUUUAGGUGGAGCUACAGGGAUGAGCCCCAGGGUAUAUCAGUAAGAACAUCAAAAAGUGCUCUCAUGUUCAGACAACCAGCCAAAGGAUGCCUCUCCACCCCUUUCUGCACGCCACAUUGCUUUCCCUGAAACAUCUGCAUUUUACUGGGAUGUUGUAUAGUACUUGUGUUUUCACAGCCUUGGGGAGGAAUUUCCAACCCAUAAUAUGUGAAUAUGUGUAAAUGAGAAAAAUGGAUUUACUUGAAAUUAAGUGUUCCGAUACCCGUUGGUGUCUGGCAUGGUCGUUCUUUUGCUGAUGUUUAAACUUGCCACUUUACAGCCAUCGUAUGUACUGUAAAUUGAGAACCUCUUUCGUUUUCUAGAUGUUGACCAGUUUCAUUCGUGCGAAUAAGACUUCACUGUUGAGUUGUAUGUUUCGAAAUAAACCAGUAGAUCUCG